AUGGCGUCGAUCCGCGCGCUCCCGCCGACGUAUCACGUCGUCCCCCGCUUCGACAUCGCAGCCCAGGGCGGAGCGCUGGAGCUGGGCACCGUCGUCGACAGCCUGCUGAUGCUGCGGCCGCUGAACCGGGGCGCGGUGGUGCCGAUCCCGGCCAAGCUGCGCUACGCGCCCACGACACAGCAUGGCUUCGCCGAGACGCGGUCGCGGCUGCGCGAGGGCCACGGCGGGGUGUGGGCGCGGUCG